UGGCUAACUGGCUGGCCGUCCUGCCCUGGCCAUGUGUGUACAUGUGUACAUGUGUAUAUAUAUACAUAUAUAUGUACUUGGAAAAGUUGGUAGGGAGCGUCGGUAGGUAGGUGGGUAGGAAGGAUAUGGACCCGUGUCCACAAUCAACCCAGAGACACGUCCCCACCUUUCGGGAUUAAGGCUACCCUCCGUAUCCGGAGCGAUUGACCUCGACCAUGAGCACCACCACACAGGCCGCCCAAGCUGCCGACCCCGAGGCCAACCCCGAGGCCGACCCCGAGUCCGAGUCAGUCGCGCUACCUUGGCAUCAUGUGCUCGAGAGCCCGAGCCCCGAGGACCAUCCCGAGUUGGCAUUGGCUCAGUUUCGUGAGGAAUGGCAACGCGAAGUCCAGACUGGUUCGACCCGCCCGCCAGCUCCGCCCCCUCAGCCGACUCAGGCCCCAACAGAGGCUAAGCCACCCGUUGCAUCCGACCCUAUGGCCGAAGAGAAUCGGAUCUUUCAACAGGCGCGUGAAUUCUUUUUGGCCGGUGUCCGAUUGGAACGUCAUGGCGAUCUCCACGAUGCGGUUCGCGAGUAUCAGAAAGCUUUUGCCUUGGUGCCGGAUAUCGAUAAGCAACAUUACGCCCGUGCGUUGAGUGAGAUUCAAGCCCAACGUCACUCUGACCAGGACUCGGACCAGGACUCGGACCAGGACUCGGACCAGGACGAAGCUGAAAUCCACGAGGCCUCCGAUCCCACUCUGGGCCUUUUGACGAACGAUCUAGAUGAAGAUCUAGGCGAUCUUUUGGCACGUUUCAGUCACGUGGCAUUAUUUACGCAUAAGGUCGAGUUCAACACGCCCGUUCGGCAUACCCAUAUCAGCGAUCUUCCGCCCGAGUUGGUGAUCAAUAUUCUCAAGUGGGUGGUCACGAGCCAACUCGAUCUGCGCUCACUGGAGCGCUUCUCGGCCAGUUGCCGUUGGUUCUACCUCUUGGCCCGUUCCGAAGAGCUUUGGCGUCUCGUGUGUUUUCGCACGUGGGGUCCGCUAGUGGAACGCCCCGUGGCCUUGUCGUGGCGUGAGCACUUCCUCACUCAGCCUCGAGUGCGCGUGUCGGGUUGUUAUAUAGCCCGAUCGUCGUACACUCGCCAAGGGGAAAGAGGCUUUCAGGACAAUACGAGUAAGAACACUCGGACGUGGCAUCUCGUCCGAUAUUGCCGGUUUCUGCGCUUCUUCCCCGGCGGACGUGCGGCCAUGGUCACGAGUGCGGAUCCACCCCAAAAUGUGGUCAAGACUUUGGCUUUGACGGCAUGUCCCCCUCAAGGAACCUUGAUAGGGCAAUAUAAGGUGGUCAAGAAUCGUGUCUAUGGCAUAAUCAAACCCAUCAAAAUCGAACCUGUGAUCAGUCAGCUUCGUCGAAAUCGUCGACGCGGAUCCGUGAUGCCCACCGAUCUCACACCAGAUCAAGAAUUCCAUUUCGAGAUGGAAAUCCAUGGGAAAAAUAUGCAGAAGCUCAAUUGGAUCUCGUACCGUGCCUUGACCAUUCACAAGAACGGGCUGAAACAAUGGACUGAUCUAGAUGCCGAUCAUCGGGAUAACUACCCGCCGUUAAUAUUCUCCCCCGUGAAAAGUUAUGCAUUCGAGGCCCUGGGGCCAUUGGUGUAAUAUGAAUCGUAACAACGAAGAUAUCAUGUUUUAUUGGUG